GUCCCGCAGGCAGGCGCUCCAGUUGGACGCUGCAGCAGAGGACCGCCCACUCACAGCAUGGUGGAUGCCAGUGCUGCUUGCAGAAUGAACCCGCUAGCUGCCCUCAGUAUUGACCGCAACGCCCUGAUGAGGGAGAACCUUCGUGCCCACGGAGGAAUCUUCUAUCCCGGCAUUCGCCCUCUCUCCACUGAAAAGCCCCAGGAACCAGGCACCUCCCUCCCGCUGGGCUACGACCUCCUGUACAAACCAGAUGUGACUGUGCUGGAUAGCCAGAAACCCAGCAAUGGCUAUGUUGGACUUUAUAAGAGCCCUCCUCCUGGGCUGCAGAAGCCGCUGCUGGUCCCCACAGGAGGAGGCGAUGGCUUGGGCCUGGACCGCCCGGUGGGACCCAACAACAAGCCGUCAGAGCUGAGCCUGAAUGGUGCCGGCAGCUUCCUGAGGCUGCCCUGGGUCAGCCCUUACGCUGAUGCAGGGAUGUACCCCUUCCUGGAUAUGGCAUACAAGGCCUCCUUCCUUUCCCAGCCGUCCCCCUACCUCCACCAGCAGCUGGCCUACCAGUCCUUGUGUGCUGCUGGGGCGGGAGGCAGCGCCGCUGGGGCAGAGCGGCUCUUCUACCUGCCCCCAUACCCUCCGGCCCCCAUCUCCUCCCCACUGGCUCCUCCGAUCAGAAUCCCAACAGCAACACCAGCCCCUGCUGUGCUUUCCCCUCUGGCUCACUGCCAGGACAAGGCCCUGCAAGGCAUUGGUCCUCAGGUCCACCAGGAGCCGUCCGCCUUCAGCACCAGUCCUCAGAUCCUCCAGGAGCCCCAGUCUCAGCCACAGGCUGCUCACCAUUCUGAACGACAGCAUGGCAGCAGUGGUAGCGGUAGUGCUAAGGUCAGUCGGCCCAAUUCUGGUAAGAAUUCUGGCAGUCUCAACAACAGUGGUGGAAGUAACGGUGCCAGCUCUGCUAGCAACCCUGCUUUAGAGUCACCUCCAGCACUUGUGAACCAUUCUCCCCGCUCUGCUCCAGGCCCUGCCCAGGUCUUGGUACACACACCCCACAGUGAAAGCCCGUCCGAGCACCAGAAAUCCCUUUACAGAAGCCCCUCUUCAUCCUCCUCUUCACUGUCGGUGUCGCAUCCCUUCUACAUGAGCAGCCUGAACUCCGAGCACUCAGGCAGCAACAAAACCAAAGAUGCCAGCACAGACCACUGGAGGGAGGAGCAGGGUAGAUCACCUUCAAAGACAUCACUGAACAGGGCUGUACCCCAAACAUCUGCCAAAAAUCCUGGGGAGAAGCCCUUGGAUCUGUCUGCCAAAGAGUUGGAAGCUUUCCCAAAUGGAUUCCCAUCCAACCUGGAGGCCUUGGCCAAGCUGGGGUACCUGCCACCAUCACGUUAUGGCUUGUUAGCAAGUCAAGAGCAGCAUUUGAAAGAGGGUCUGUCACCACCUGCAAGCACAUCAGCAAAGACGCCUGAUCGUCCUGAGAUGAUCAGCACUGUUCCCUCUGCCUGGGUCGUUCCUGGCCCCGCCUCAACUGUCAGCUCUGACUCCAACCACAGUAAAGCCUCUCCAGCUAUCAAAAACAAGAACCUGGACAAUAUUCCUCAAAGUUCCCCUGGCUCCAGGACAGUUCAGGUAAACAGUACCAUUAUCCCCAGCCCUGCCUCAAGCGGAAGACCCUCUUCAUCAUCCCCUUCCCCUAAAGCCAAAGCUGAAUGGUCAAGAUCCUCCCCCAGUGAUUCUGACAAAGUCUCUCUAGCGAAUAAAGCAGGAACUCAUCCAUCAUCUGUUGGGAAACAGACCACAACUCCUGUCAAACCAGAGGGUCAGGACAACCCGUCCUGCCCGGAAAACGGAAACCCCUCUGGCCAAAUCUACAGUGACUCCUACCUCCCACCCAGCUUAGCCUACACUAACCGCUACAUCCCUUACUCAGUCGCUGAAAACAUGUCCUUGCCACACAUAACAAUACCAGGCAAAGGGCCUAUCUAUCCCCACCCAGUCCUCCUUGGCAGCAGCAGCUUGUACCCACCUCGCCUUGCACCAAAACAUGGCCUCCCCUAUGGAAUCCAUCCAAGCCAGGGUGACUACCUGACCUAUCACAACUCCCAGGAGAUGGCUCACCCCCUCAUGUCCUCUCACCUGGGUCUUGACACCAAAGACCGGCUGGAGAACAGGUCCAAACCACUGGAUAAACCCUGGAACACAGAAUCCUACAGGAACCAGACGAUUCCAGAAACUGACAAUUCUCACAAGAGUGAGAAAGAGGCAGACAAGCCCACAAACCAAAUCUUAAAAUCCUCUAGCAAAAGCCUGGCAACUGCCAGAGAUGAGGUGGUUUGCAUCGACCUGGUGCACGACGAGCCACAUGGCAAUUUGUCUAUACCUAAGCGCAGCUCCCCAUCUGCCAGGAGAGAGGAUUCCUCCAAGCAUGUUGGCAGUGGGAGCAGCUGUAACCACAUGCAAGAGAGAGAGCCAGGGCCUGCAAAAACUUUUGUUCCUGGCCAGGCUGCAGAGCACAGAGCAGGCCAGCUAGACAGACUGUUGGACAUACAAGCCGACCAGCGCUGCCAGCACCGGCCCCUGGAGGAGGCCUUACCACCCCAUGCUUCUCAGCCUCAGUCUCCUCAUCCAGCUUCUCCUCCUCCUACUCCUUGCAGUGAAGAAAUCCCAGAGGAGGAACCAUCCAGCCCCCUCCCAGAUGUCCCAGAGGAGCAGACGAUGCGUUGUGCCCGUACUUCUCUGGAGCAGUUUUCCAGAAAACGCACCAUGAGACCCUCCAUUGAGAGCGGUAACUUGCUGAGCACUUACUGUGGGAAUAAUGGCAUUGAUGGGAAGAGUGCUGGUCUGGACGCUAAGUCAGAGGACUUGACGAAUAGAAACUUUAACCCUGAACCACGUGUUAGUGGAAAUAGCAACUCCGCAGGCCUUGGUAGCAGAGAAAGCAAUUCUACUGUUUCUACCAGUUCUGCUACUUCUAUGGGCUCAGGGUGUGGGAUAAGCACCUCUAAGGCUCCAGCAUAUGGAAACAGUAAUUCUGACAGUCCAGUUUGCAGUACCUUUAAUUCCAUGGGACCAGCAUCGAGAGAUUUCAGUUCGAGGGCCCCGGUCUGCAGAACCUUCAAUCCUAAGACCCCACCUGGUGGAAAUGUGAAUCCUCGGUGCCCACCGUGUGUGAACGUCAACCCAAGAGCUCCUACCUGUAACAACAGAGACUUAACCAGUGCAAAUUUUGCAAACAGAAGUUUUGUGGGCCCAUGCUGCAGAAACUUGGCUCUGAGGGCUCCGGCUUGUGAGCCCAGAAUAUUCAGCGGCCCGGCACGUGGAAAUAGCAAUCUCAUGGCUCAAAACUGUAGGACCCCCAAUCCCAGGUUUCCAACUUGUGAAAACCGCAAUGCUGUGCGCCCGACUUGCGGAACCAUGAAUGUCAGGGCUCCAGCAUGUGGAAAGAACAAUUUCAGCAGUCCAAAUUGUGGAAACAGCCUCUCUAAAGACCAGCCUUUUGGAAAUAAUCAAACCUGUGUAAAUAACAAUUCCAGGGUUCCCACAUAUGGAAGCAAUAUUCCACGGGGCCCAACCUGUCGGCACCUUUCACCUGCCAACGCUGUCACCGGGGGCUUUAACAAGAGGCCCGCGGAUAUGACUGCAGAACCGCAGGUUAACAGAGACCUGACGUGCGACAUCCUUUCCUGUGGUGAGAUGGGAGCCAAGAGACAGAAUCAAAACCCCGGCAUCACUGCCGCCAGCUGCAUGGAUGAGAAAAUGGAGGCCGGCUGCCAGGAUGACGUGGACUCCCUGCCGGAUGAGGACGAGGGCCAAGGCGGCAGGGCCCGGCGCUCCAGCCUCACCAAGCGCAUCGCCAACUCCUCCGGCUACGUGGGCGAUCGCUUCAAAUGCCUGACCACGGAGCUUUACGCCGACUCCAGCAAACUGAGCCGAGAGCAGCGGGCGCUCCAGCGUGCAAUGCUGCGCUUCUCCGAGCUGGAGCUGAAGGAGAAAGAGGGAGGAGGAGAAGGAAGGAGCGUCUCCAUGUCGGCCUGCGUGCCCGCCGCCGCCGCCGCCGCCAUGUUUACCUCGAUCCCCGGCCUGGCACCCGGCCUGGCACCCGGUGUGGCGCCCGGCGUGGCGCCCGGCCUGGCAGCGGCGGCGGCAGCUAACCGGAGGCGGAUCUUCAGCCUGGAGCCGUUCCACCAAACCUCCAUCAGCAGCAACUCCGCCCUGGACGAGGUGAAGAAGCUGAAGGUUUGCAUCGAGCUGACCGGCCUGCGGCUCAACAAGCCCCGCCUCCCCGGGGAGCUCGGCCAAUGGCUGCCCUCCAGCCAGGGGUCAGCGGAGCUCGACAGGAAGUUCAGGACGGCGCCGCAGGACGUCCCGGCCAUCAGGGGGCGCUCCGAGGUCAACGGAGGCUGGUGCGAGCCGGCGUUCAUCCGGAGGGACGGACAGAGAGGGACACGCCCACACUGCAGUGACACGCCCACACUCUGCAGAGACACGCCCACACACUGCAUGGACACGCCCACACUCUGCAGAGACACGCCCACACUCUGCAGGGACACGCCCACACACUGCAUGGACACGCUCACACUCUGCAGGGACACGCCCACACUCUGCAGGGACACGCCCACACACUGCAUGGACACGCUCACACUCUGCAGGGACACGCCCACACUCUGCAGGGACACGCCCACACACUGCAGGGACACGCUCACACUCUGCAGGGACACGCCCACACUCUGCAGGGACACGCCCACACACUGCAUGGACACGCCCACACUCUGCAGGGACACGCUCACACUCUGCAGGGACACGCCCACACUCUGCAGGGACACGCCCACACCCUUCAGGGACACGCCCACACUCUGUGGUGAAACGCCCACUCUGCAGGGACACGCCCACACCCUUCAGGGACACGCCCACACUCUGUGUUCCCGUGUUUCCACCAACAGUUCCCGUGUUUCCACCAACAGUUCCUGUGUUUCCACCAACAUUUCCAGCGUUUCCACCAACAGUUCCCGCAUUUCCACCAACAGUUCCCGUGUUUCCACCAACAGUUCCCGUGUUUCCACCAACAGUUCCCGUGUUUCCACCAACAGUUCCCGUGUUUCCACCAACAGUUCCUGUGUUUCCACCAACAUUUCCAGCGUUUCCACCAACAGUUCCCGCAUUUCCACCAACAGUUCCCACGUUUCCACCAACAGUUCCCGCGUUUCCGCCAACAGUUCCCGUGUUUCCACCAACAGUUCCCAUGUCUCCGCCAACAGUUCCCUUGUUUCCGCCAACAGUUCCCUUGUUUCCGCCAACAGUUCCCAUGUUUCCACCAACAGUUCCCUUGUUUCCGCCAACAGUUCCCGCGUUUCCACCAACAGUUCCCAUGUUUCCACCAACAGUUACCUUGUUUCCACCAACAGUUCCCUUGUUUCCACCAACAGUUCCCUUGUUUCCACCAACAGUUCCCUUGUUUCCACCAACAGUUCCCAUGUUUCCACCAACAGUUCCCGUGUUUCCGCCAACAGUUCCCUUGUUUCCGCCAACAGUUCCCAUGUUUCCGCCAACAGUUCCCAUGUUUCCGCCAACAGUUCCCUUGUUUCCACCAACAGUUCCCUUGUUUCCGCCAACAGUUCCCGUUUCCACCAACAGGGUAAGCGUCCCUGCAAGACGAAGCACACGGGAGCUCCGGCGGCCAAGGAGGCGGAGCCGGAGGGAGGAGGCGCCAACAGGGAGGACGAGAGGGAGGAGCAACACGAGGAGGAGAGCGAAAAGACUGGUGCAAACACUGUUCAGCACCUCGGUUCCAAGGAUCCCGAGCAGAACCAGCUCAAGAGCCAGAACCGGUUUGGUAGAAAAGAGGAACGAAGGAAGAGACCGGCGUCUCCGUCGGAGCCCGGGGAGCCGCCUCGCUCGCCCGGCUGCACACACUCUCCCUCUCCGCAGCACACACACUCGGGCCGCCCCGUGCCGCCGGAGGUUCGCCGGCUCAUCGUCAACAAGAACGCCGGAGAGACGCUGCUGCAGCGCGCAGCGAGGCUGGGCUACGAGGAGGUGGUGCUGUACUGCCUGGAGCGCCGGCUCUGCGACGUCAACCACCGCGACAACGCCGGCUACUGCGCCCUGCACGAGGCCUGCGCCCGCGGCUGGCUGCGCAUCGUGCGCCACCUGGUGGAGCACGGGGCCGACGUCAACUGCAGCUCGCAGGACGGGACCAGGCCGCUGCACGACGCCGUGGAGAACGACCACGUGGAGGUGGUGCGCCUCCUGCUGGCCUGCGGCGCCGACCCCACCCUCACACACUACUCUGGACGAGGACCAAUCAACAUGACGCACAGCGCUGCCAUGGAAACCUUCCUGGAGGACUAUCUGUCUGACCUACAGGGAAGGUCGGAGGGCGAUCCAGGAAUCUGCUGGGAGUUUUAUGGCAGCGCAGUGUGUGAGCCGUCGGACGAGCCCGGUGUGUACAACGUCCUGGCCGACCCGCCGGGGCCCGAGGAAGAGGAGGAGGAGGAGGAGGAGGAAGAGGAGGACGAGGAGCAGCGGGUGAGGAGGGAGGUGUUUGAGUUCGAGCUGUCCGAUCGCCCGCUGCUCCCCUGCUACAACAUCCAGGUCUCUCUCUCCCAGGGUCCCAGGAACUGGCUCCUCCUUUCCGAUGUCCUCGGUCGCCUCCGGAUGACAUCACGGUCUUUCCGGCGCCUCUUCCCACACAUCAAGGUGUCGUCCAUCGCAGAGGACGAGUUCUACCGCCAGGCGUCCCUGUCGCAGCUCCUCACGGGUCCUGAUGAGCAGGAGCUGGCCAAGGAGCUCGCCUCCUUCCGGCCUGAUGCCAAGGAGCCCGUGGAUCUUGUGGAGGCCAGUCCGGAGCUGGCGGGCAUGUUGGGUUCAUCCGUGGAGUUUCUGGAUAGUCGCUGGGACUCGCCAGAAACCUCACCACCCAGCACGCCGACGCCACCGCCGGCCACGACGCUGCCGACGCCAUCACAGCUGGUGUCGCUGUCCACAGAGGUUGAGGUGGCGAGUGUUACAGGAAGUAACAUGGACAACAAAGUGGAUAACAAGAUUUUAGAGUCAAAACAGCGCCAAGGUAUCACAACAAGUACCGGUGGUUCUAGUCCAGCAGCCAAAAUCGAAAGCAAGGCAGAUGCAAGCAUGUGGGAUCCACAGUGGCAAGGAGGUAAAACCGCUGUGGCUGGUAGUCCCGUGAAGCCGGAUGUGACCGUGAGCGCUAGCAUGUGGGAACCGCAACUACCACAAGGCAAGAACACAGGAAUUGCUAAUCGUGCAAAUUCGGACACUAAGACAGAUUCUAGCAUGUGGGAACUGCCGCAAAGACUACGCAGCAAGAACGCUGACACUGUCGCUAGUCCUGCAAGUAAUUUGGACAUUAAAACAGGUUCUAGCAUGUGGGAGCAACAGCGGCAAGGAAAUAAAAAUGCUGUGAUUACCAGUGCUGCAAAACUGGACAUGACAGUGGGUGCUAGCACAUGGGAACCGCAGCGCCUGCGUAGUAGGAACACCGGAAUCACUGGUUCAGCCAAUUCAGACGCUAAGGUGGAUGCUGCCGUAUGGGAGCCGCAGCGUCUGCGAAGUAAGAGCGCUGGGAUUGCUGGUCCUGCGAAUUCGGACACUAAGGGGGAUUCUAGCACAUUGGAACCGCAGCGACUGCGGAGUAAGAAUCCUGCGUUUGCUAGUCCUGCGAAUUCAGACGCUACGGUGGACGCUAUGUGGAAACGGCAACAUCAAGGAUGUAAGACCUCUGGGUUUACCACUCCAAUAAAUUCAGGCAUUCAGGAACCCCAAAGGCUACGCAGCAAGAACGCUGUAACCGCUGAUCACGCAAAGCCGAAUGCUACGGCAAACACUAACAUCUGGGAACGUCAGGGAACAAAAAAUUUGGACGGUAACAGUGCAGCGCCCAAACGGGAAGCUAACCGCUGCGACGACCAGUGCCAAGGAGGUAAGGUCAUAAAGGGGAGCAGCGUUGAAAAGCUGGAAGUUAAGCUGGAGAACGCUGCCUGGCAGAGGAACUUGGGGAACGUCAGGGUCCACAUCAGAGACCUGGGCAUGAGGCUGGGGGGAGUCGAUGCCAGACAGGAAAUGAAGAGGGAGCAAGGGAAGGUCACCGGGAAACCGGUCAGGGUCAAAGCAAGGUCAUGACCCCUGCUGUGUGAGGUCACCACAGUUCACCAGGGAAACUAGGAGGUCAUGAGGAAGUCCUCUUGACCUCUGAACCGGACUGUGAAUCAAAAAUCCUGCCUCGCCGAGGGAUUCAGCAAAGAUCCUGCAAUUCAAAAAGGAACCAAACACUUUUCUGCAACAGGAGAUCAAAUGAGAGAUCUCCCUCAUUAGCCCAAAAGUACACGUACAUAUUGUAAAUUGUCAAAAUAAUAACCAGAUGAUGAAAUGGACAGUCGAGACUGUAACAAUACGACUCUGAGGACGUUUCUUUUUUCCAAAAUUGAUUGAUCUAAAUAUAUAUAUAUAUAUGUGUUAUAUGUAUAAAUAUGCUGCUUCUUUUUUUAUUUAUAUCUAUAAAUAUCUCGCUUCUUUUAUCCGUUCUUUGUAAAUGCAGUCUAUUUUGUAAAUAUGCUGUUUCUUUCGGGUGGUUACUCUGUUGGUCUGGUCUGGGCGGUUGUUUGUUACCUCUCUGUGUUAUUUUAUAUUCUGCAUCCUGUUGGCUUUCAUCACCAAACUAUUUAUUGUCAAAUAAAUAAAGAAUAAGGA